UAUAUAAAGAAAACACGAUUUUUAUUUCUUGUGCUAUGAAAUCAAUAUAAUCUAUUUGUAAAUCACGUAUGUAAAUUUCCGUCGAAUUCGAAAUGCUUGCCGCGUGGCGUACAUUACAAUUGUAAAUUCCACUUGUCACGUGCGCGUACUUCACCGAUAAAGCAGUCCAAGAGCGACAACUGAACUACGAUCCUUAUCAGUUAAUAAGUUUCACUUUUUUGUAGGGCAAUCUAGUCGAAUAUUUCUCUCUUAUCACGACGUUACUCGCAUCUUCGUUCCGUUUAGUCAAAAUGAUAUGUUCAAGAUGCGAAAAAUAUGUACGAACAAAAACAAUUCAACUCGAUCUACGGAGUUUAAACAUUCAGGGCGAUGUCCAUCGCAUAGACUGCAUCGACGGCACUCACUUCGUAACUGUAACAUUAAACGACGAGAUAAUCAACGUUAAUGAUGCUUAUUGUGAUCGAUUCGAUAAUGAAUGGCGGGAAGUCCAAACAGAUCGUGAUAAGGUGCUUUUUUAUACACUGAGUCAGAUCGUUUAUCCAAAUUUCGACGCACCACGACCGGAAAAAUACGAGUCGUUGUAUACUUUGGUGGACGAGUCCGAUAUUAUUUUACUAAGAUGGCAAGGAGGCAAAGCGAUUGGAUUUUAUACCGUUAAACCUAUAGGUACAGAAAUAUUCUCGACGAAAGAGAGAUACAUAAUGCCUGUAGUAGAUUCGGUGUAUAUUCGUUCGGAAUAUAGGAAUCGAGGUUUCGGUACGGGAAUCCUAUCGGAUGUAAUCGCACGUUUCCCAAACGAAGACAUCGGUUUCUCGAAGCCGAUCUCCAGCGGAAUGUUGAGAAUAUUGAAGACAUUUCUGACGAAUCGCAAGGAGUACCGAUUGCGUUUCUGGGAGAUCGCGGACUGUGAUGUCAAUGAGUCUCAGCAACUGAUAUGGUGUAAUUUAAAAAGAGCAGUUUUAUGACAAAAAGCAUUUAGAAUUUAUUAUAAAAGCCAUCGC